AAUCCUUCCUCUUUUCACACACGAGAGAGGCCACUUCAGAUCCGUGAUAAGAUGAUCAUUAAGGAGGGAAACUCUGCUGUUGUUUUAACAUCCUGCUGAUGUCAGAGGGUUGCUCCUCACUGGGUGUAGGUGUGUCUUGCUUCCAUUGGGCUGCCUUCCAGUUCUGGGUACAGCAAGAAACAAAACAGAAUUCAGUUUGCAGACUGAUCUGUGAUUUGUCUGCUUUCUUUUUUGGUAAAUUUCUACCACUUUGACAUUUGAUGACGAGAGUUCCUUCACAGUCCAGGGCCGGUUUUUCAGGGUUCAAGACACACUGCAGAGUUUGAUCCCAUCAUCCAAGCUGUACGGAGGGAGUGCUGAACCAUCGGAGGUGUUGUCCUUCAGACACACCUGGUGUCCAAUUUGCACAGAGCAAGAUUCCACAAAGAGUGAUCAGGUGUUCCCUCCUGAAGCUACACCCCCUGAGGAAGCACCGAUGGAUGGAGGAGCGUGGACCACCCUCAGCCCCGACGAGUUCGCUCAGCUUCACAAGUACAUCGAGUAUUCCACAAAGAAGGUGAAGGAUGUCCUGGGCGAAUUCGACGGAAAUGGCCGACUGUCCAAGUACAGCACGGAACAGAACAUAGACUUCGAAGGCUUUCGAACGCUCAUGAAGAUCUACCUAGAUGUGGAAGACAUUCCCAAUCAGUUUUGUCAGCACCUCUUCUGGUCCUUUCAGACGAGGCCAAGCGAGAAAGACAGUCACAGCUCCAAACCAGAUGAUGCAACUGGGCAAGAAGUGGUCUGUGUGAAGGAUGUUGUCUGUUAUUUAUCCUUUCUGGAGGGUGGACAGCCUGAGGACAAACUCAAAUUCACAUUUAAGUUGUAUGACACUGAUGCAAACGGACUCCUGGACAGCUCUGAGGUGGAUCGUAUCAUUGCCCAGAUGAUGCAUGUGGCAAAGUAUUUGGACUGGGAUGUGACAGAACUUAAACCUAUUUUAAAGGAUAUGAUGAAUGAGAUUGAUUAUGACAGGAAUGGUACAGUUUCAUUGGACGAGUGGAUCAAAGGAGGGAUGACAACAGCUCCGUUAUUGGUUCUUCUCGGGCUGGAAGCUAGUUUGAAGGACGAUGGCCAACAUAUCUGGCGGCUGAAGCACUUUAGCCGACCAGUGUUCUGUAAUAUGUGCCAAAACAUUCUCCUGGGAAUCAGAAAACAGGGAUUAUGUUGCACAUUUUGUAAGUACACCGUGCACGAGAGAUGCGCCUCGAAAGCUCCUUCAUCCUGCAUCAGAACCUAUGCAAAAUCCAUCAAGGACACAAGCGUCAUGAAGCACAUGUGGGUUGAAGGGAACUGUAACAUUACUUGCGGAAGUUGCCAGAAAACCAUAAAGAGUUUCCAACGGCUGACGGGUGUCCACUGUGUCUGGUGCCACAACACCCUCCACAACGAAUGUAUGCCUCAGGAGAAGGAGGAAUGUGACUGUGGAUCACUUAAGGAUCACGUGCUUCCACCCUCUGCCAUAUAUCCUGUGGUUCUGGACAGGCAGAACAGCCUGAAGAAGAAAGAAGAGGACAACUCAUCAAUUGAUGGGGAGCAUCCCAUCACAACGGUGGAUGGGAAAGUUCUCCAGAUUAUCCCGGUGCCUCAUACUCAUCCCUUGCUGGUGUUCGUCAACCCGAAAAGCGGAGGGAAGCAGGGUGAGAGAGUCUUAAGAAAGUUCCAGUACCUCUUAAACCCAAGACAAGUCUUCAAUCUCGCCAAAGAUGGACCAAAACCAGGGCUGAAAUUCUUUCAUGACGUUCCGAAUAUCCGUGUCUUGGUGUGUGGAGGCGAUGGCACUGUGGGAUGGAUUCUAGACUCCAUUGACAAGAUGCACUUUCCCGUGAAGCCCCCCGUCGCCAUUCUCCCGCUUGGAACGGGAAAUGACUUGGCGCGCUGCCUGCGAUGGGGAGGAGGAUACGAGGGUGAGAAGUUAACAAAGAUCCUGAAAGACAUCGAGGUGGGUAUUCCAACGUUGCUGGAUCGAUGGAGCUUUGAGGUGACCGAAUCUGGUCCAGGGAAAGGAGAUCCUGUCCCUUACAACAUCAUUAACAACUACUUCUCAAUUGGGGUGGAUGCUUCGAUUGCUCAUCGGUUCCAUGUGAUGAGGGAGAAAUAUCCAGAAAAAUUCAACAGCAGGAUGAAGAAUAAGCUGUGGUAUUUUGAGUUUGCAACCUCCGAAACGGUCUCCGCCACAUGCAAGAAUCUGCAGGAGGUUCUGGAGAUAGAAUGCUGUGGGACCCUUUUAGACUUGAGCAACCUCUCGUUGGAGGGGAUCGCCAUCCUCAACAUUCCCAGCAUGCAUGGGGGCUCAAACCUGUGGGGCGAGAACAAGAAAGGAGAAAGUAAGCCCGCGCCAAACAAAACCUACGCAGCCAUAACAGACCCUGAGGCUUUGAAGUCGUGUGUGCAAGAGGUGAGCGACCAGCUGCUGGAAGUGGUGGGACUGGAAGGGGUGAUUGAAAUGGGGCAGAUCUACGCAGGCCUGAAGAGCGCAGGCAAGCGAUUGGCUCAGUGCACUGAGGUCACCAUCAGGACCAAGCGUCUGCUGCCAAUGCAGAUCGACGGUGAGCCCUGGGUACAGCCUCCAUGCACCAUUAAGAUAACUCAUAAAAACCAGUCGCCAAUGUUGAUGGGUCCCUCCGCAAAGUCAUCUGGAUCCAAGAAGUAAACCAGCCAAGGCAGACGCUUCAAUCAACAGAUCCUUUCAAACUACGGAGCUCUUAGAUUGAUUGGAAUCUUUAACCCUUUGGACUCUAUAUUACACGAUUCCAAAUUCUAUUAGACCCUUCGCUUUGUCAGAGCCUUUAGCCCUAGAUUCUUUAGUUUAGCACAAGCCCCUCGAUCUGUUGCAUCCUUUCACUCCCUUUGUUGAUCAGACACUCCAGUUCAAUGUGUCCUUUAGCAUGUGAGUGUAGCGCCUCACACUCACUGAUUCUGUUGAAAUAUUAUGGCGCAUUUUUCUUUGCUCUGACACUACCCUGUAAUACUUUGACUGACAUUGACAAAUAUCUGGAGUAUAUUCUAGGAAUGAACAGUAUUUUGCAUGCAAUUUACAGGUGCUAACUAAUUGUACAGUCGUUGAAAGUUUCUAUUUAACUGAGAGGCAGUGGUAUUUUACAAGUAUGUCAUCCUAGGAGAACCUACUUUAGCCUUUCCACAACAGAAGAUAAACACUGGCCAGACAACUGAACAUAAAGCUAUUUAAUCAUAAUUGAAGUGAUAGAUCUAUCAGAAGUGUCACCUAAUGAACAUGUAACUCCACUGAGAAUUCCAAUGACCAUUGGAGAAUUUCUCGACACUGUUCAUUGCAGAUGCCUCACCUGUAAUGUUUAUAUCACACCACACUCAAGCUUCUGCAACCAGGUCUAAAUUAAAGCCUUUACUAUUUGACAAUGUGAUGUAUUAAUGUGAUCAUAUAUACUGUAUCUGUGGAGAGUUAGCCUGAAGUAUUCUGGACAGAUGGUAUCAAAUACAGGUAGUGAAAGUAAUUGGCUGCAUUUAAUGCUUUCAGUUAAAUACUGUAUUCGCAGCAUGCAAGCUCUGUGAAUUACUCCACGUGACAGUGAACACCAUGCAAUUUGCUCAACUGAAUACUUCAUAAUGGCAAUGAAGGUGAUUAGCCCUGUCAGUAUGAUCAUUGAGAAAUGUUGUAGAUCCACACAAGAGUAGCAGUGAUUGAGUUCACUGGAUUGCACAGGAGGGAACAGGGAGGAGUUUGGUUCACUGGUAUCCUACGUGCUGGGAAUAAAAUGGAACCAUUUCGAGUCUGUGCUUCAAUUACAGCUUUGUUCGGUGAUAGAGUUAAUAGGAUUAAACCCAACCUAGUUCAUUGAAGGGAUCCAAUUUACCCUUGCCUGGAUCAGUUGGGGCCCCUGAACCUCUCAGGGGCCCAAGAAUAAAAUAACAUUAAGGGUCUUCUAAUUACAACAAGGGUCUGCAUUUCUUAACAUUCCUUUCUGCCUGGUUCUCUUUGUAAGCAGGGGAAGAAGUUGCACAGGUUUUAAAUCUUAGAUACAAGAGGAAAGGGCAAGUGAAGACACAAUGAAAAGGCAGGAGGGACAACAGAGUAUUCCUCCAGAACUGCAGAUGCCAGAAAUCUGAGAUAAAAACAGACCAUGCUGGGAACACUCAGCAGGUCAGGCAGCAUCUGUGGAGAGAGGAGCAGAGUUAAUGUUUCAGGUCGAAGACCCUUCCACCGGAGACAUUAACUGGAUUCCUCCAGAUGAUUCGGUCCAGUGACAGCACCUGGCGACUCCUGACCACCUUGGUACAAGUCCGAUUCCCCAACAAUGGCUAGCUCACUUGCGGGUAAAUGGUAGAGGUACAGGUAAGAAGCUUAAUGUAUUUUUGUAUCUGUAUAUUGAGGUAUGUGGAUGAUGGAGUUGUAUAGAUGUGCACACCUUUAAAUAUUUUGUAAAUAUAAGAGAAAUAAAAGC